AUGUUCAAUAACUACUUCUCCUCAGUAUUCACUCCACAAGAAGAUCUUCAAUCUAACAACGCUACUACGACAGAUAUAAAUGACACUAUUUCUUCUGGUUCACCUAUGCAGUCAAUAGAUCAAUUAUCAGUAACGGAAAGUGAUGUUCUGAGAACUCUAAAAUCUCUCGACCCAGAUAAAGCAUUAGGACCAGAUGAAAUCCCUGGUAGAAUCCUGAAAGUAACAGCCAAUCAAAUUACUCCGUCGCUCACUCGCCUGUUUAACAAAUCUCUCCAAGUUGGGGUAGUACCCGAUGAGUGGAAGGUUGCAAAUGUCGUUCCUGUAUUUAAAAAGGAGAAAAGGAUCGCGUAG